UAAAUCACGGAAUACAUGAACCGGUUGACAGUGGAACUCCAAAUAAAAAACAAAUAUCAAUAUUAAGUUAGUAUGGCAGAGAGGAAGCCACAAAGCUGUUCAUUCAGAGGAUUCUUCUGUUGUACCGUGUAAAUCAGCUUGCACAUUUUACGUUUUCGGUUCGUAUGCAGUGAUAAAAUGGAUGCAAUAUCAUAUACGCGUGACUUUUCGUUAUAAUGCAUUAGAACACGAUACGCCAGAACAAUCUAUUCCCAGGAAUAAUGCUGCCCUCCAAAUAUAUUACUUUAAAAAACGGUAGAAAUAUAGUUAACACAAUGUCCUCACUAUAUUCACAACAAAACCAUAAAGACAUGAUAUUGCAAUAUCUAACUGGAAGGUACGAAGGUGUUGCGGUGCUGGGUUUUAACAGGCCCGAGCAGAAAAACGCGCUUAGUGUUAAUUUAGUGCGCGAACUAAGUAAAGCUAUCGAUAAAAUAAAUUACGAAAAUGUCGCUCGAGUUGUGAUCUUGAGAAGUGUGGUGCCCAAAAUAUUUUGCGCAGGCGCCGAUUUGAAAGAAAGAGCUACGAUGACACCAAAAGAAGUGGCGGAUUUUGUCACCAAUAUUCGUUUCGUUAUAAGCAAGAUUCAAAAUGUACCCGUGCCAGUUUUGGCAGCUCUCGAUGGUGUCGCAGUGGGAGGAGGUUUAGAAAUGUCUCUGAGUUGCGACAUAAGGGUAGCCUCCGAAGAUGCAAAAAUGGGGCUUGUAGAGACAAAGCUAGCCAUUAUACCCGGCGGGGGCGGGACCCAAAGAUUGCCGAGGUUAAUAAAUCCCUCCGUUGCUAAAGAACUCAUCUUUACGUCUAAAAUUGUAGACGGCACUGCGGCACGCGAUUUGGGGAUCGUAAAUCAUGUGGUCGAGCAAACGGACAAAGGGGACGGUGCUUAUCAAAAAUGCCUCGAUAUUUCCGAAGAUAUUCUCUCGUGCGGCCCAUUGGCAACCAGAAUGGCAAAGCAGGCUAUUAACAAGGGGAUAGAAGUUGAUUUGAAUACCGGUUUGGCCAUAGAAGAAGCUUGUUACGCUCAAAUCAUACCAACAAAAGAUCGCUUGGAAGGGCUGCAGGCCUUUAAAGAAAAGAGGAAACCUAAAUAUCAGGGUCACUAGGCUCCCUGAUAAUAAAAUGGUAUAUAUUUUAUUAGGCCUUUGUUUUUGUUAGUGGGGAAAUAAAACUUUGAGUUUAAAAAAUGUCGU